AUGCCAAGUAGUGGAAUUCCUAAUGAAGUAUUAGAAAAUCUUUGUGAAAAAGAUCAUGAAGCAAAGCGUCUAAAAGUUGAACAUAAUGUUAUAAACAAUAGUGAUAGAUUCGACCAAAAAUUAACAGAACUUUGGAUCUCUUUAAAAAGUGCCAAAAUUAAAGCCAAAUUCCUUAAUCUUCCAAACAACAUACUAUUUUUUGAGAAACGUGAAGCCUUGUUUGUGCAGGAUUGUUAUCUUGAUCUUGCAAAAAUCAUUUUUGACAAAAAAUCAGAAGACUUCGA